ACUAGUUACUAUAGUUGUGAUAGUCACUAAAGUUAAGGGCUAGUUAUUAUAGUUGUGAUAGUCACUAAAGUUAAGGGCUAGUUACUGUAGUUUAAGAUAGUCAUUAAAGUUAAGAACUAGUUACUAUAGUAUAAGAUAGUCACUUAAAGUUAAGAACUAGUUACUAUAGUUUAAGAUUGUCACUUAAGUUAAGAACUAGUUACUAUAGUUGUGAUAGUCACUAAAGUUAAGGGCUAGUUAUUAUAGUUGUAAUAGUCACUAAAGUUAAGAACUAGUUACUAUAGUUUAAGACAGUCACUAAAGUUAAGGGCUAGUUACUGUAGUUUAAGAUAGUCACUAAAGUUAAGAACUAGUUACUAUAGUUUAAGAUAGUCACCUAAAGUUAAGAACUAGUUACUAUAGUUUAAGAUUGUCACUUAAGUUAAGAACUAGUUACUAUAGUUGUGAUAGUCACUAAAGUUAAGGGCUAGUUAUUAUAGUUGUAAUAGUCACUAAAGUUAAGAACUAGUUACUAUAGUUUAAGAUAGUCACUAAAGUUAAGGGCUAGUUACUAUAGUUACUAUAGUUUAAGAUAGUCACUAAAGUUAAGGGCUAGUUACUAUAGUUGUAAUAGUCACUAAAGUUAAGGGCUAGUUACUAUAGUUUAAGAUAGUCACUAAAGUUAAGGGCUAGUUACUAUAGUUUAAGAUAGUCACUAAAGUUAAGGGCUAGUUACUAUAGUUUAAGAUAGUCACUAAAGUUAAGGGCUAGUUACUAUAGUUUAAGACAGUCACUAAAGUUAAGGGCUAGUUACUAUAGCUAGUUUAAGAUAGUCACUAAAGUUAAGGGCUAGUUACUACAGCUAGUUUAAGAUAGUCACUAAAGUUAAGGGCUAGUUACUAUAGUUUAAGAUAGUCACUAAAGUUAAGGGCUAGUUACUAUAGCUAGUUUAAGAUAGUCACUAAAGUUAAGGGCUAGUUACUAUAGUUUAAGAUAGUCACUAAAGUUAAGGGCUAGUUACUAUAGCUAGUUUAAGAUAGUCACUAAAGUUAAGGGCUAGUUACUACAGCUAGUUUAAGGUAGUCGCUAAAGUUCCGGGCGAGUCAACCGAGCAGAGUGCCACUCCAAUCCCAUGGCUCCGUCUCCUCGCGCGACGAUGCCGACGCCGCCGCCGCCGCCGCCGCUGCCGCCCACCGAGGCGCCGCAGCGACGCCGGUGCCGGGCGCCGUCCCCGCGGCCGCUGCUGGUGGCGCUGGCGCUGCUGUCGCUGCCCGCCUGCACGCGGGCGCUGCUCCCGAAGGACGCUCGCGCGAUGCCCGGCAGGCCGGCGGGCGACGGGCAGCAGCAGCAGCAGCAGCAGCAGCGGAGUCAUCAGCUGGAGGCGGACGACGCCGGCGAUGGCGGUGGAAGCAGCAAGCGGCUGGUGUUCCACCACGUCUACAACAUCAACGUCGGAGAUUCCGAGUGCGCCGGUCACGGCGAUGCCGCCGCCGCCGCCGCCGCCGCCGGUGGGGGCGGCGGUGGUGGGGCGGCGAGGACGGUGGAGGGCGGCGGAGGAGCGGUGUUCACCCACCGCGUGGUCGUUCCGUCAGUUCCGUGUGGCAAUCACCAGCAGCAGCAGCAGCAGAGGCAGUACAACGAGCAGGUGGCGGGGCUGCUGGCGCGUGUGGAGCUGCUCGAGGGGGAGGUCGCCUCCCUCCGUGCCCUCUGCUCCGUGCCCACCGCCUGCUGCAGCGGGGGGGGCCACGGAGCCUGCGGUGGAGAGCGCAUGGAGCUCACUGGAGAGACCGUGCAGAGAGAUCCAUGCAGCGGCAGGGGUGCGCUGGACCCGAGCACCCGGGCUUGCUUGUGUGAGCCUGAAUGGACCGGUCCGGACUGCACCCUGAAACGCCCCCCGCAGGUUCUGAUCCCGGGCGGAUUGUUCGACGGGGGCUGCGUGGGUGGCUGUGGAGGCCGAGGCCGCUGCGUGUCCGGGGUGUGCCACUGUGGAGAGGCGUACACGGGGCCCGGCUGCCUCAUCCCCGCCGUGCAGGCCCAGCCAUGCCCCCAGGGCACCGACGGGCACGACUGCCCCAAGGCGCCCGAGCCGACGGCAGAGGAGGUUCCGGCCCUGGUGCCCAGCUCCACCGUAGCCCCCACGGCCGCCGUGGGGACCGAUCCUCCCGUCGCCGGCGGCGGAGGAGGCGGAGACGGAGACGUCGCGGGAGAGGCCGUGGACUCCGACGAAAGCGCCUGGGAGUCUGUGCUGCUCUCCCGUCUCUCCAUCCGCACCGUGACCUGCGUCGACAAGGCGGGACAAGGUGGCCGAGGAGGAGCUGGCGGAGGAGCUGGCGGAGGAGGAGGAGGCGGCAGCGGCGGCGCUGUCCCCGCGCGCCGAAUUCGACCGCCGAGCAGCGACGAGCCGAGCGGCGGGGCUGGCCCUCCCGCGUCAUCGCCGCCGGAGCCGGAGGACCUCCUGGACAACGCCCUGGAGGACGGCGACGUCGCCGGUCGCCACGACGACCGCGGCUACCACGACCCCGGUAACCACGGCGACGGGGCGGGAGCGGUCCCCGUCUCGGUGGUGCGGGUCAACGACACGAGCUUCACGCUCUCCUGGGAGCCGGCGGGCGUCCUCGGCGCCGGCGCCCGCCGGCUGCUCGUCCGCUGGUGGCCGUCGGCGGCGGCGCCGUCGGCGUCCGGGGCCCGCGGCGGUGCGGGCAGGCCGGUGGGCGUGGCCGGAGGCGCCGGAGGGAGAGUGGGCGGGGCAGCCGGCGGCGAUGGCGGGAGAGUGGGCGGGGCGGCCGGAGGGAGAGUGGGCGUGGCCGGCGGUGCCGGCAAGAGAGUGGGCGUGGCCGGAGGCGGCGGAGGGGAGGUGACGGUGCCGGUCCAGGCGGCCGUGCUGGUCGUCUCCGGCCUCCGCGAGGCGAGCGAGUACCAACUGCUGGUGCAGGGCGUCGUUGGCGGCGGCGACGGCGACGGCGCUGCUGAUGGGGAUGACAACGGCGACGCCGCCGGCAUGGUCGGGCCACCGAUGCGCGUGUCCGUCACCACGGCGCUGCAACCCCUGGGGGCUCUGACCGUGACCAAAGUGUCACCCACGGCCGCCAGGGUCACGUGGCCACCCCCGAGCCCACGGGUCACGGGGGUGAGGGUCACGUGGUACGCACCCAACGUUGGAGGCCGCGCGGGCGCUGCCCGCAGCGCCCUGCUAGGAGGGCGCUCCACGUGGUUCACCGUCACUCACCUGUCGCCGCUCACCCGCUACGAGCUGACGGCCAUGGCGGUGCGGGGCCUCGCACGCAGCAGCCCCAGCGUGGCCGCCUUCACCACCGGCCUGGACCCCCCCCGCAGUGUGCGUGUGAGUGGGGUGACCCCCUGGGCUGCCAGCGUCAGCUGGAAGCCGCCUCUGGGGAACGCCACCGAGUUCAGCGUCGCCUACGAGGCCAGCAACGACACGCACGAGGAGUCCCAGGAGUUGAGGAUUCCUGCCUCCACUCCGUGGGUGCAGCUGACGAAGCUGCGGCCCAACACUCACUACAGCCUCCUCGUCACCGCCACCUCGUCACUCGGGGGCACGCGCAGCCAGCCCGCACGCAGCCACCUCGUCACAGCCCAGCUGCCCUACCCCUUCCCACGUGACUGCUCCCAGGUGCUGCUCAACGACCCCGAGAAGCGGUGGCCAGAGGGGGCAGCAGCGGCGGGGGAGAGGGGAGCGGCGGCGAGGGAGCACGUGGUGAUUUACCUGCGGGGUGACCCUGCCAGGCCUCUGCACGUGACCUGUGACAUGCACACCGACGGAGGAGGCUGGACGGUGUUCCAGCGCAGGCAGAGUGGGCUCACGAACUUUGAGCGGGGCUGGCAGGAGUACGAGGAAGGCUUCGGGGAGCCCACACGGGAGUUCUGGAUAGGCCUGCGCUCGCUGCACGCGCUGUUGGCCCAGGCUCGCUAUGAGCUGCGCGUGGACCUGGGCGACGGGGAGGCUUCGGCCUUCGCCCAGUACGACCGCUUUGCCGUGGGAGACGCUGAGUCGCUCUACCGCGUCCGCAUCGGGGAGUACAGCGGGACCGCAGGCGACUCUCUGUCGUACCACCACGGCCGGGCCUUCUCGACGCCGGACCGCGACCAUGACGGUGCAGCGCCGCACUGCGCCGAGUCCUACCGGGGCGGCUGGUGGUACCGCAACUGCCACAAGGCCAACCUGAACGGGCGCUACGGCGACACCAGCCACAGCCGGGGGGUGAAUUGGGUGGCCUGGCGUGGCCAUGAGGGAUCCCUGAGCUUCGUGGAGAUGAAGCUGAGGCCGCACACCUUCCAGGACACGCUCGCCAAGCGGAGGAGACGCCACGGGGACUAACGGAGACACGGGAGACGCCACGGGAGACACCACGGGGGACUAACGGAGACACGGGAGACAC